CCCUUGUCUGUGGAGGGCAGCAUUACGCUUUUCAGUGUACAGCCUGUUGGAAAUUCAUUUGAGGAAGAAGAAGAAGAAGCAGCAGACGAAGAAGAAGAAGAAGAAGAAGAAGAGGAGGAGGAGGAGGAGGAGGAGGAGAAGGAGAAGGUUUAUAUUGUGAUAAAUCAGCUCAGAGGGCUUUAACAGCAAACCAGAAAAACACCGCUGUAGAUCUACACACACCGAAGAGGCGACCAUGACUGCUAGGAUAUGAGACAUCGGGAGCCAUGGCGGCUUGGCACCGGAUAACCGCCCUCUCUACGCUGCUUCAAGUCGGUUUGUUGUUGUUGCUGUUGCCGGCUCAGAGCAGCGGGAGACCGUUGGAGAAAUGUCUCGGCGACAAGUCUUGUCAGCCGCCGAGACCCCCCGUGGUCCUCAUUCCGGGGGAUCUGGGAAACCAGUUGGAGGCGAAGCUGGAUAAACCCAGUGUGGUCCAUUACAUCUGCUAUAAGAAGACUGACUCCUUCUUCACUCUGUGGCUCAACCUGGAGCUGCUGGUCCCUGUAGCCAUAGACUGUUGGAUAGACAACAUAAGGCUGAUCUACAACAGGACCACACACGCCACCUCGUCCCCGCCGGGUGUGGACAUCCGUGUCCCGGGGUUCGGACAGACGUAUUCACUGGAGUAUCUGGACCCCAGCAAACGCAGCGUGGGCAUGUAUUUCUUCACUAUAGUGCAGGCGCUGGUAGAGUGGGGCUACACCAGAGAUGAUGACGUCAGAGGAGCUCCCUAUGAUUGGAGGAAAGCCCCCAAUGAGAAUAAAGAGUAUUUCCUGGCGCUGCAGCAGAUGAUUGAAGAGAUGGCGGAGAAGGCUGGUGGACCCGUGGUACUCAUCGCUCACAGCAUGGGCAACAUGUACACCUUGUACUUCCUCAACCAGCAGCCACAAGCCUGGAAAGACAGAUAUGUCAAAGCUUUUAUCUCUCUGGGACCACCGUGGGCAGGGGUGGCCAAGACCCUCCGAGUGGUUACCUCUGGUGAUAAUAACCGCAUCCCAGUGAUCAGCCCAUUGAAGAUUCGCUCCCAGCAACGUUCCGCUGUCUCCACCUCCUGGCUGCUUCCUUAUGCCCACUCGUGGCCCAAAGAUCAGGUCUUGGUGCAGACGCCCGCCGCCAACUACACUGUGCUGGACUACAAGCGCCUCUACUCAGACAUCGGUUUUGAGGACGGCUGGCUGAUGCGGCAGGACACGGAGCCGCUGGUGGACGACCUCGCGCCCCCCGGCGUGGCCGUCCACUGCUUGUACGGCAGUGGCAUCCCCACGUCGGAGGCCUUCCAGUACUCCGACAAGUUCCCCGACGUGGAGCCCACGGUGGUGUACGGCGACGGGGACGGGACGGUGAACCUGCUGAGUGCCAUCCAGUGCGGGAGGUGGGUAGGAAAGCAAAAACAGCCUGUGAUGUUAAAAGAGCUUCCAGGGAACGAACAUGUGAACAUGUUGCUGAACUUCACGACUGUGGCUUACAUUAAGACUGUGCUGUUCUCCCUGUGAUGCUGGCAGAAACUGAGGGACUGGCUUGCAGGGAGAUGGCUUUCCUCACACACACUGUAAUAUUUAAACUCUAGCUGACACAUUCACAGCCAAGGAGAGACAGGGACUGACGCAUCUCGCCUGUCUCUCUGAACAUUGACUGCCAAAAUAUUCCCCUGUACAUGCCACAUUGCUUAAGAAAAGGUAUUGAAUUUUGUAGUACAAUUGCAGAAUCAAAGUUUUAAAUUCAUUUUACAGCUGUAAUUAUACAAUAAUUAUGUUAAUGUCAGGUUGUUUACUGUUGAGUAAGUCUAAAUACAGUGACUUUUAUAUUUUUCAACGAACCCAAGAUUCAACCUACUAAAUCCACGUUAUUACGAUAAAGGACAUGUGUAUGUACAAGUAAAAAAACAGGGAUAUACUGUAUGUGCCACUUUCUGAGUUAUUAAUCAAAGUCAGAUCUUUUUAUUAAUGUUGUGAGCGAUUUCUGAACUCCUUUGACUCUAAUGUUGUUAGGCUAAAUAGUAACGCACUGUAUACUGUAUUUGUAUCUUUCUCAGUACUUGGUAUAUGUUCAAAUGAUUUAACAAACCUAAGUAGACUUUUACCAAAACAACUUGCUUAAUUUUGUGUAAUUUUAUUUUGUUUGAUUUCUAGUGAUCCUUUUUGUUGAUUUUUAUUUGUUUUAAAUUUUUUUUUUGUUUUUUUUUUGCAUGCAGCCAAGCUGUAAGUCCCUGAUGGUUUGCAAACUUUGUUUUUAUUGUGUUAUCCAUAUUACAUGAGUCGUGUGCCGAAGGACUGGAACUAUACCUGGAAGUUGAUUUUAGUCACAUUGAAACCACUCAAAGGUCAAACAAAAAGAAGAGUUUUAGACAAAAAAAUCUGAACUCAAACUCCACUUACUAGCUUUUUCAGGAGCUUUGAACCGGAUCUCAGGUCUUAAUCAAUGAAAGGAGUUGGCUCCAUUUAUUGAGUUUGCUCUGUUCAUUGAUGAAGGCCAUGAUAUACAGUUGAAAGCUCCAGAAAAAACUAGCAAAUUGACCUUCAGUUAAGUUUUUUUAAAUUUUUAUUUUGGGUCAAAAAAUCUUAACUCAAGGUCCAUUUACUAGCUUUUUCCAGGGCUUUCAACUACAUCUCAUGGCCUUCAUCACUGAAUGGAGUUUGCUCAGUAGUUGUGGAGAUAUCUUAGUUGUCCUGUCCAAAGUUCCGACCACAACUCCAUGCUUAGGCCAUGUGAUGACAGCUUUAUCCACUGAUGAAGAUCAUGAGAUGUAGAUGUGGACUUGAGUUUUUAUUGAGUCAAAAAUAAGGUCAAGACAGCUUUCAAGCUCAAAUUUAAGAGUUUAAACAAAUUCAAUUCAUAUUAAAUUCUGCUCCCGAUUGUUUGCCUUCUGAUUGGCUGUAUCAAAAAUUAACCAAAUGAUAGUGACAUGCUGGGUUUUUGUUUUUGUUUUUUUACUGUUGGAAUCAUGUAUCAUGUACAAUUAAAUUACCCACUAUAUUAAGCUCUUUCUCUUCACUUUCCAUGUCCUAUACAGUACCCAGGUUUGGUUUGAAUCUGGUGGCUGGAUUUACACAGGCACAAAUGAGGGGACUUUUAUUGUACUAUGGUAUAAAUCAGAUUUUCUUUUCUUGACUGUUUUGGUAUAUCCUCUUUCUGUUUAGACAGACUUGAAAAGUUCCGAGUGCAAAAUUAAAAACCUGACUCCCUGUCCUUGUGGACAUGCAGCCAGAAUCUCUCUGACCUGAGCGGAUUGUACUGUGCCAUGCAGCCCUCUCUGAGCCAGACGAUUAUCAUAUACUCAUAUACAAGUAUCAUAUCUGCUGUGAACUAUCAUAAAUGUGUGUCAUAAACAAGUGUUGCCUUCUAUACAGAGUAAAUAUUUAAAAUAUUA